AUGAGUUGGCAACAGUGUCCUAGCGAAAUUCGCCUCCAUAUCAUGGAGGAGAUUGCGAGCGGCGAAGACCGCCGCAACAUACCCGGUCUGGCUCGCGUCUGCCGAGACUGGCAGGACUUCUUCGAACCCCUCAUAUAUAAGGAGGUGGUCCUCGAUGAAAAUGUUCUUGCUGCCUUUGAGGCUACCGUGGCAGCAAACAAUGCCAAGUUAGCUGCCGUCGAGGCAGUGAUCUUUCGCGUCAAGCUGCCGGAAUACCAAUACCCCCUGUGUCUAGGGCCAGAAGACGACGAAACCCUCGAAAUGAACGACCGGGCUUUCACAUAUCAGAUGUUGGCGCUACUUGAGAUGCUUUCUGUCUGGCACGUAUCAAAGAGCAACAGAAUCACUCUUGGACUUGCCGCUUUCACACCAAGUGACAACGAGCACCGCUUCUUCUUCUGCGACGACGAGGAAGACCACCCCUUCCAAUUUGAAGGGGAUUUGCGGAGAUCUCCGAACUUGUUGGAAUACUAUGAUCAUAACAUCGGGGAGAGCACGCGUUACAUUUGUCCCUCCGAAGAUCAUCACGACCAGCCCAACGAGAUCGAGGAGAGGGCCAGGGUUUGCGGGGAUCCUCUCCGUUUCAUAGCAGAAGAGGUGGAACUACCAAUCCUUCCAAGAGUCCCUAUCGUGGAACAUCUCUUUGUACGCCGACAGAGGUUCAGAAGCAUUGGAGUAGAGUCCGUCUCUCACAUUGCCCGUACGAGCCUCACACAGUUGAGAUCGCUCCAGUUCGAGAGACGAGCUGCUCAAGACUUCAAUGUCAAUAUAACUGAGUCUGAAGCCCAAGCUCGAGCCUUACUCCAUCGCCUUCCCCGUUCUCUUCGCCAGCUGUCUCUUACCGAAUGGACGAGUUUUCAUAGCACUCUUGACUUUGCGUGGAGCCCAUCUAUGCUCAGAGCUACAGAUAUGGCCAGGGUAUUUCAACACUUGACGGAUUUCGCAACCAACUGCAUUGGGACCGUGGAUCACAUCUUGACUAAGAUGACCACCCCUGGGAUGUGCCGAAGCUUGAAGCGGUUGAGCCUCACCCCCCAGUCAUUCAAUCGCAAGAUUUCCUCCCCGCAAGCUAUAAUGGGUACAAUUGAGCGGUCUGCGGAGAUUCUUCCCGCCUGUCCCAACCUACGCGUCAUGGAGCUUUGGGGUACCAGGGGCGGCGAUGGCUAUAUUUUCCGAUACAAGAUGGACCGUGGAGCCAGAAGAGCUUCGAUCACUUGGAGCACCUGCCGGUCAGACAUCCCUUCUCUCCACCGUGCCGUUGAGAACAGCUGGCUCGAUGUCACGACCAAUAUCGGCGACCACCCGCUGGCCAUCCACAUAGAGAACAUCAGCGAGACAAAGCAUGCCAUGGAGUCCAAUCGCGGACAGCCUCUGCUGAAACAUCUGGAGCUUCGGCGCCUUUUGUUGCACCCCCUCACCCUCGCUGAGAUUGAUGCUAAGGACGAGCUCAAGCGAAUCUGGGGUCGACGCAGCCUCCCUCGUUCCAAUGUUGAACUGUGA